CAUCAAAUUAUUUAUGCGGUGUUGCCAUCAUUGCUGUCAAAAUUGGAAAUGUUGAUUUUUAGACCUGACAAAUUUAUCAAAAGCAGAAAAAAUGAUUAUUUGUGUUUUUCAGUAAGUCCUAUUGCAAUUUCUGGUAAUUAUUGCCUCAAAAUAAUUAAUAUCUAAAAAAAAACAACCAUAAAUUCUUGAUAUCACAAUCAACCAUAACCUCAAUUCGAUUAUAUCGAAAAAUCAAAAACCAAAAAUGGGAUAUAAAGCAGCAAUUCAAGUCCUCAAACAAGCGGAAGAUUUCAAACCCAAAGUCCUCCAACAAUCUGAUUUGUUAAAUGAUGCCCAAGCCUGGACGAACCAACAAAAACUGCUCAGCAUUUACCAUCAGGUACUGGUACUCGAUCUGGAAUACGCCCUAGACAAAAAAGUCGAACAAGACUUGUGGAAUAUCGGAUUUAAAACUUACAUCACCAACUUACAAAACAAAGCAAGAGACAAAAAGAACUUACAACGUUCAGAAACUCAAGCCCUAUUAACUUGGGCUUUAGAAGCAGCCUCUGGCUUUUAUUUAACCCUAUUACAAGAAUUAUGUAAUAUUUUUGAUAUAGAUUUGCCAUUUAGACGUAGAGGGAUUAUAUAUGGACAAACAACCAUAUGUGAUCCAGUUAACAUGCCCCAACUAGCUUCUUGUUCGUAUAUUUGCCAGUAUUGUUUGGUGCAUUUAGGAGACAUUGCUAGAUAUAGAAAUCAAAGAAAACAAGCUGAGACUUUUUAUAGACAAGCAAUUUUAGUUUCUCCUAACAGUGGCCACCCUUAUAAUCAAUUAGCUUUGCUUGAGGCUAGCCAAGGGGAUAAAUUGUCUACAGUUUUCUAUCACAUUAGAGGCAUUUGUGUUAAAAAUCCUUUUCCAGCCUCUACUGCUAAUCUUAUGAAUGUUUUAUCUAAUGCCAUUGAUAAAGAAAGCCAUUUGGAAAACAUACAAACUAAAAUGACUGUAAAUGAAUAUAUUCGUUUAUUCCUUUCUGCCCAUGGGCAUUUUCAUAUUGUAACUGACCUAAAACAAGCCCAAUUGCAAGUGCAAAGCUUAAACUCUGUAAUGACAGCCCUUGUAGCAACCCAAAGCUUUAAAAAGCAACAACUAAUUAAAAUCACUAUAAUUAAUUUGUAUGCGUUAACACAUUUGGGUAGAGAUUUGACCAAUGAUGAACUUAAAGUUAAAGAUUUAAUUUUGGAAUUGAUUGCUGGGUCUUUGAGUGCCUUUUUGAUGCCAGUUUAUACUUUACAAAAUGAUGAAGGGCUGACGAAUUAUUAUGCUUUGCCCGCUGUUAAGCUGCUCAUGUAUUUUUUGAAGAAUAAUGUCAAUGUUUUAAAAUGUAAAGUGUUUAGGGAGAGAAUGCAAAUAUGGCCCAGUUUGUGUAAACUAGUCAAUGCAGCUCAAGGAUUACUAAUAGGAUUUAAUUAUAACAAGUUUUCAAAAUGUUCUCUGCACGAAGACAGAUAUCUGCAAGGAUUUUUGCCUCUGGAACAAAAUCUAAAAGAGUUCAAUUUUGAAGUGGAAAUUGAAGAUGAUGAAGUGGAAAGUAUUGUUAGAAUGAGACGGAUUAUUGAUUUUGCCAAGUGGCUUUGCGACUAUGAUUUGGAUGGUACCAAAUUGAUAAUAAAAAGUGAAACUAAAGGGUUUAUUAAUUUUGAAGCCGUUUUGUCUCAGCCGGAUCCCACUCGUGAUCUUUUGGAAGAAAUGAAGUCGUUCAACAUUAAGGAGAUUAGAGAGAAUACAAUUAAUAAUGAAUUUCCAGAAAAAAAGGCUGGUAUCCUGAAGCCGCAAGGUUCAUUGGAAAAAUCCAGAGAAGAGAGAGAAGUGAAGAAAACCGUCGAGGAAAAUACGUCAGAAAUAGCUCAGAAAAAUGCAGAAUCCACUCGCACUAAGCGACCUAAACAAAACGCCAUUUUGCAAAGUAUAUUCAAAAAAAUGGAAGAAAGCAAACAAGUAAAAUUCAACGUGGCUGAGGAAGCAACCCAAGAACCAAUCAAAGUCGCUGAUGCAAAUCCACCCAAUCAAUUCACCAACCCCCCUCAAUUGAGAACUCAAAGUUUCAAUCAAAAUCAUCCAGCUUUUCCUUUACAACCCCCUCAGUCAAAUGAUUACUUAACAAACCUGAGAAAUUUGAGCAAAGGUGCAGACAAUAUGAUGCCUCAAUUCUCAAAAAACUUUUCAAAUUUGCCUAAUAAUCAACCUGCGUUUAAUCAAUACAGCGUGCCCCCACCUCAAUUUAACUCUUGGGGCAGGGAAGAUUUAAAACUACCCCCUGCAACCAAUCAAAACACUUGGUGGCCUCAAAAUCAACCAUACAACCCUCAAACUUACACUUACCCAAACCAAUAUAAUCAAAACUAUCCACAACAAUUUUAUCAAAAGCCUCCUAAUUUUGACACUUUUUCAUCUCCAUGGCCAAUCAUGAACGACAACUCAAUGUCGAUGAGGCAAGCCAUGCUAAAAGAGGCCACUACAAGUCAAGAAUAUUCAUUGUUCAACAACACAAGUUGGAAUCCCAGUUUACAAAGUCAACCGAGACAAGUUGAAAAGGUUUUCAAUGGGCCUCAGCAUUCUUUGUUUGGAGGGCCUGGGCCACAGUCUUUGGCUCAGCUUUUGGAGCACCAACAAAACCAAAUUGGACCGAAUUUUAGACCUGAUACUUAAUUGAUAAUUGGGUAAUUUUUUGGUUUAUUAAUUUGAGGAGGAUUUUGCUAAAGAGAACCAGAUUUUGUAUGCGGGUGCCAUUGUAAUGUUCUAGUCUAAUUGACUGAAUGUGGGAUCUUUGUAUAAAAAAAAAAAUACAUUAUAAUCUACAUUGACUAUAAAUAUGUUUUGUUUGACCAUAAUUUGUUGAAGUUUAAAAUUCAUAAAGUAAAGUACAUUUUUGUAUGUUUUAUUUAUCUUCCACUCUGAGGCUGUUUCAUAAAAUCUUCAUUGUACAGUGUCCAAAUUGGCUCACCCUGUACAAAACAAUUCUUGUUUGUAAGAAGUUUCAUAUUCAAAUUGAGAAUUAUUAUCUGAAAUAGAUUGUUCUAGGAAUCAAAAUAAAAACAACAUACUUUUACAAAGUAUAUAAUAGCUUCAAAUUCAACAUCAGAGUAAGAAGGGGGGCGCUGGACAUUUCAAAAAAUCAUGAAUACUAUUAAGAGAUUAAUUACAUCUCAACUUGAAAAUUGCCAGCAAUAUUAAGCUAAAAAAUAGUCUGGAGUUAAUUAUAAAAUGGGUCAGAGAAAAUAUAUCAUAUGUAUUUCUGGGGGAUAAAGCAAGUAAAAAAAAAAAUGAAAAAAUUCAAAGUCAAGCUGCAGUCUCCACUUCCAUGGGCUCAGAGGCGUUACUUUCGGACUUCUUCUUCUUCUUUUUGGCCUGUUUAGGGUUGGCCGAACUGUUUAGAAGAGUCUUGAGUUCGGGGUUUGUUAUUGAAUGUUCGGAUUCGUACAAGUCUACAUCAACAGGCAAACCUAAAUAAUAUGUAAUUGAAUUAUGAUUUAUUAUUUUGAUUUAUUUGUAAUAUUACCAGUAAUUUUGUGAGGUCCAUUGGGCAUGAUGAGUACAGUGAAUUUAUAUUGGGCAACAAUUUCACCUGGAAAAAAAAUUGAAAAAUGUAAUUAAAAUUUGCCUAUUAUCUAUAUUGAAAAUAGUAUUUUACUUAGUAGUUAUCAGUAAUAGAUUUACAUCAAAUUAAUCAGUAGGAUCAAUUGGAAUUUCUUUUGAAUCAUCAUAAGUAAAAUAAAACCAAAAAUAUUACAAAUUAAUACAAACUUACUAGGUUUCUCAUACAAAACCUGGAAAGGUUCCACAAGCUUAUUCUUCACACACUCAUUGACGCCCAUUUUAGCUUUAGUUUCAUCUUCAAAAUAUUUCAAAUUAAAAGGCAUGUUGCCGUGCUUGGUUCUAACUUCAGUGUAGAACAUUCUGGAAGCUUUCAGUUUCAACUGAUAAGUCUCGUCAGUUUUUUUGUAAAUUGACACUCUGGUGUCGGUUUCUUUGCCUACACCUUCGCCCGUACUGACCAAGAUGUCCAAAGCGUACACUUCGUGUUUGUCCAAUUCGAAUUUUUCGUGCUCUUUUCUUUGAGCAUCAUUGGGAUUCUAGAACAUAAUAGUUAAG